AUGAAAUCAUUUUUAACAAUUCCUUUAACCUUUCUUUUAACCUCCCUUAUCGGAAUUCCAUCUUCGGUAGAUGCAUGGGGCGCAGAAGGACAUAAAGCAGUCGGACAAAUUGCACAAAAUAUUCUUCAACCCGAUGUAGAAAGUCAGGUAGCAAAGCUAUUUCAAGAUAAAUCAUUUGGUGGUAAAUUAGCUCCUGCUUCUUUAUGGGCCGAUACGAUAAAAAAAAAAAAGGGGAGUCCUUUUGCUUUUUGGAGUGCUCCUUUACAUUUUAUUGAUACUCGAGAUAACCCUGGUAAAAGUUGCUCCGUUGAUGAAGAAAGGGAUUGUCCUGAUGGCGUUUGUGUUGUUGGUGCUAUCGCCAAUUAUACCACACAAUUGGACUGCGAAAAUGGAUUCGAUAGAGAUACAAGAGAUAUCGCCCUUCGUUUCUUAACACAUUUUUUUGGGGACAUCACUCAACCUUUACAUGUCUGUGGUCGCUCUAAAGGUGGAAAUGGUGUUCCGGUAACCUUUGAUGGACUACGAAAACGCCUUCAAGAUUUCGACAAUAGUCUAGACAAAUACAUAGCGUUCCUUACGAGUGAAAUUCAAAAUGGUACAUAUGUUUCCGAAAAAGAUGAAUGGGUAGCAUGUGACACUCCGUCACGUCGUCGUCGUCGUCAUACUUCGACAAUUUUAAAACGUGCUAAAGCUACUACACGAUGUCCUUUAAGUUGGGCUACUGAUACUAAUGAAAUCAAUUGUCCUUUUGUUUGGGAUUCUAUUGAUGAAAAUCCUAAUUUAGAUUUAGGACAAGGUUAUUAUAAAGCUGCUAUACCUUUUGUUGAUAAACAACUCGCUAAAGGUGGUUAUAGAUUAGGCACCUUUUUGAAUUCCAUUUUAACUAAAAAAUGUUAA